GCCCGCCACGCGAGCCGGGCACCUGUGCCAGGAGCCCUGUCGAAUCAACUGAGAAGUGACUUGCAGAGCAGACACCAUGAGCAUCUCAGCUCUUGGAAGCAGCACCAAAGGGAAGCCUCUCACAGCUGGCGAAGAGGAGCGCAGUAAUGUACUCAAGCAGAUGAAGGUGCGAACCACUCUGAAGGGUGACAAGAGCUGGAUCACCAAGCAGGAUGAGUCAGAGGGCCACACCCUAGAGCUGCCCUCUGGUCGGAGUCGUGCCACGUCCUUUUCAUCAGCUGGAGAGGUGCCGAAGCCCAGCAGGCCUACGAGCACAAGGGCUUCCACUGGCUAUAUCAUCCGGGGAGUGUUCACCAGGCCCAUAGACAGCUCGUCCCAGCCCCAGAAGCACUUUCCUAAGGCCAACGGAGCUACAAAAAGCGCUGCCAAUGUGGUGAGAGCAGCUCCUGCCGGGCCUCUCCGCCCCUCCUCCUCUGGGUACAAGAUGACCACUGAGGACUACAAGAAGCUGGCACCUUACAACAUCAGGCGCAGCUCAGCCUCAGGGGCUGCUGAAGAAGAGGAUGUGCCCUUCUCUUCUGAUGAGCAGAAACGGAGGUCAGAAGCUGCUAGCAGUGUGGUAAGGAAGACAGCUGCCCGGGAGCGCUCCUAUGUCCUGUCAGCAGCCAAGAAGAGCACCGGCAGCCCUGCCCAGGAGAUGCAGGCCCCAUUCAUUGCAAAGAGGGUGGAGGUGGUGGAUGAGGACGGGCCUUCUGAGAAGAGUCAGGACCCAUCUGCUCUGGCAAGAUCCCCUCCCAGCUCCAGCAGACCUCCCCUGGACUCCAAAGACAAAGAAGCCCACAGCCCCAGCGAGCCUAAGAGAGACUUGGCUGGUGAGGAGGCCUUUAAGGGCCCCAGUCCAGACUCUGAAAGCAGGUCAAGUGCACAAUCAAGGGAUGGCAACAUGGGAUCCAGAGCCAUGAGCUCCCUACCUGAAAGCUUGGCUGGAACAGACAUCAGCUCUGGGAGAGGAGGGGUGUGCUCAGCUGCUGGCUUCACCCCUCUCCUGGAUGAUGAGGAUGUGCUCGGUGCCAACUUUCACCCUCGUAAACCUGGAUCAGCGGCCACCAGCUGUGUUGCCACUUUGGCCUCUGCUGUACCAGCUGACAUAAAGAGCGAUAGCCCAGCAGACCUGGAGAACAUGGAGGCAAACUUGAAGGGAUCCUCGGCUGGUUUGGAGGAGAAGAAUGUGGUCGCCCAGCUGGGAGACAACUGGCAGGAGAAGCCUGCAGCCCUGCGAGGUGGCCAGGGAGGCCCAGCUGCAUUUGCCCAGCAUUCCGAAGACCUCAGCCCUCCAGAGGGGAGGAGCAGCCCCGCAAGACCCCAGCAGCUCAUGGAUUUGGAGAGCCAGGCCGGCAGAUCCUCGGCUGGUUUGGAGGAGAAGAAUGUGGUCGCCCAGCUGGGAGACAACUGGCAGGAGAAGCCUGCAGCCCUGCGAGGUGGCCAGGGAGGCCCAGCUGCAUUUGCCCAGCAUUCCGAAGACCUCAGCCCUCCAGAGGGGAGGAGCAGCCCCGCAAGACCCCAGCAGCUCAUGGAUUUGGAGAGCCAGGCCGGCAGCAAAGGAAUCCUCUUCAUGAAGGAGUACAUGAAUGCUAGUGAGGUAUCUUCCAGGAAGCUGGUGUCUUCACACUUCAGCAGCAUCGGCAGCUCUGAGGGCUCCUUCAGCAUGGAGAAGAAACCCCUAUAUGACAGCACACCGUACUUCGAGAGAACAACUGGAGGAGUCUGUACUUAUUGCAACAGAGAGAUCCUAGACUGUCCAAAGAUUACCCUCGAACAUCUUGGCAUCUGCUGCCAUGACUAUUGCUUUAAGUGUGGGAUUUGCAGUAAACCAAUGGGUGAGCUCCUGGAUCAGAUCUUCAUUCACAGUGACACCAUCCACUGUGGGAAAUGCUAUGAGAAGCUCUUCUAGUCCCCCCAGGCUAAGAAGAAGCUGAUGACUGCUGGACAAGUUUAGCCGUACCCAGUUGUCCCAAGUUGCUGGCUCCUCUUCCCUCAUCACUUGAUUUCUUCAUUCUUUGCCCUUCUCAAGUUGAACUUGCUUACAUCCAGUAGCAUAUGUUAAUGAUGCUAUGAUAUUACUUGCGUGUGUAGCUUUUUAUAGCUCAGAAAGUGCUUCAUAUCCAUGGUCUUAUUUCUGGCUCAGCAAAGAAGAUUGAACAAGAAUUCCAUCUUUGCUUCCCUAAGGCAUGUCGACUCUCUGAUGAGUUUAGGUGGCCUGGUAUGAUAGGCAUAGGCAGGAACAUUGCGUUCAGUGUGUACUGACUUGGGACAGGGAGCAAAUCACAUUUUGGCUUUCAAGUCUGAGUAUACCUUUGGUACUUUAGAAUACAUGGAGACCCCUGAAGCUUCUGAGGGACCAGGAUGAAGAUUGUUGACGAUCCCUGAUGGGUAAAUUGCAGACAUUGAAUGCUAGGGAUUGGCAUAGGCCAGUGUUUAGCUUUUCAAUUUGCCAUAUAUACAUUUUAAACUUUUAAUAUACUUUUAAAAGUAGUUAGUUGCUUUUGAUUGAGCUAUAUAGCAGGCUUUCAUUACCUCCUCUACCCACCUUUCACUAUACAGUUGAGGUUAUCUUUUCUGCAGGCAUGUGGGCAUGUAUUAGAAAGUUUACACAAGUUGGUUUAAAUUCUAUAGGAUGUGAUUGUUAGGAGGCUACUGACCAAAGGAACACCUGUGUCUGAAUCUUAAUAGCUGAUUAAUACCUUUGCCCUCAAUUCCCAAUCCCUAGGCUUUACACAGAAAUCUUCUAGAGUAGGUUAUAGAAUGUAUACACUCCAGCAGGAUUAAGCAGGGAGAAAAGCAGCUAACAUUUCUUGAGGCCUUACUACAUGCCACACAUUAUCACAAAGUGAUGGCAUUAAUCCCCAUUCUAAUUCUUUGCAGAGGGUAUUCUUGUCCCAGUUUUACCUAUGAGGAUACUGAGGCUUGGAGAGGUGGUCUUCGUAUUAUGCAGAACCAUUGCUGUCUCUCUCUAGUAACAGUAACCAUAACAGCAAGCAUUGAAUUAGUGCUGAGUAUAUACCAAGCACUGUGCAGAGGUUACCUAACCUUACCAGGUAACACAGGUGCCCCCUGACAAACUCUUAACAGAGGGGGGAAGGUGUGAAAUCACACUCCUCCUAUGGGCAUCCUGGGUCACCCUGUGAAGUACCACAAAGGCCAGGCUGCCCCGCUUCCCUCUCCUCCUCUUUCUAUGAAAACACUUCUGAACCAAGAUGCUCUCAGAUGGGAAGAGAUUUCACUCAGAGACCUUCCCAAAGAGGAGUUUGUCAACCCAGGGAAAGCUCCAGUGGGCUAGCCACUCUAAACACAGGGCCUUCAGUGAUCUCCUAUUGUCCAGUCCAGACUCUGUCCCAAGCUAGUAGAAACCUGUUGGCUGGCUGGACAGAUGCGGGCCCAUCCAUACCAUCAGUGAUGCUCUGCUCAGGGUCAAUUGUGCUUCUCUGCCUUUGGGACCAGCACAUUGUGCGAGCUCAUUGAGAGGAGGAACAACCUGAGAGUUUCUAAUGAAAAAUGAGGGCCUGUUCUCUUUAUUUUAUUAGAAAAUGUCUCUCCAUCUCUCUUCAGUUUCUGAGCCCUGUGCACACUGGCUGAUUGGACAUCUGCCAAAUGAUCAGAGUGGAACAUUCCAUUUAUUUGCAUAGAUGUGCUUCAGAUUUGCUCUGGAGGAAACAAGUGGUACAAUUACUGACGCUAAAUAUAAGCUGGUCUUUCUAAAGUGUAGCCUGCAACAUGAGACUUGGCACAUGGUAGGCACUGACACACAGGUGCUGAGUGAAUGAAAGGGAAAGUAAGGUCACUCCUUUGGGUGGGAGGUGCCAUCUCUGGGUCUUGGUACAGGCCUAGCUGAUGAAGUGCAGAAUAAAGAGACCCAAGAUAGGCUGGCUUCAAGGUACACUCUGCCUUUUAAGGGAGUUUUAGAACCAACAUGCAAGAGAUUGACAGAAAGUUUGCAAGAUCAAUAUUGAUUUCAAUCCAAAACAACCUUUUUCAAUCUAAAAAGGCAGGAAUUCUGCAGACUCAAGGAAAAAGGGUGGUCCCAUUACACUUUUGCUUCUUUUUAAUUGCCUAAUGUUUUUAAUCAUACUUGCUUAGCCCACAUCAAUGCAC